AUGGCCGCGCUCGUCGCUGGCGCUAAAGUGCGCACGUGGAUCAGGGAGCUUGGAUUCAUAUGGCGGACCAAUCAGAAAGGCGGAAGCGGGGCGCAGCAUUCUCUUCGGUUGGUCGCGAGACGCGGCCCGAAGCAGGAGCGCGGCGAGGGGUUCAUGGGGCGAAUCGAGGUGGACGGAAUCGCGGUUCCGCGCCUGGGGUUGGGCGACGAGCUAAGCCUAUUCGAAGGAGAAGGCACCGUGACAUACGCACGGCAGGAGAGGAGCGGCAACUACGACGUGGAUGUGUAUUCCGUCAAGCUGGCAGGGCUGCUGGAGGCGGAGGUCAGGCUCCGACCAGCCCACCCACUGUUGCAAGAGGAGGAAGACGCUGAAGUUCACUUGAGGCUGGACCUUGGGAGUAUCCGGCACUCAGCAAGUGUGCAUGGCGUGGUGGGGCAGGCAUACAGGGAUGAAGGAAGCUCCCGUUGUGUUUGUUCAAGAAUGGCGGCUUCCGCCGCUUCCGCUGCUUCGUCUUUUUGCCCGUGCGCGCAUGCGCACGUGGACGGCGCAUCCCGUCUCUCCUCCCUCUCAACCCUCAAGGCACUGCAAGAGCAUUCCCAGGGUAGUCUCCGCAAAUUCCCCAGCGCCGUGAGUGUAAACACCCUAGAAGUGAAGCCCAAGGGGCUUCAGGGCUCUCGCAAGCGAUUGGCCCAUCUUCGUCUGUCCGCCGUGCGCGCCACGUCAGCAUCGUCCAUUCCUUCUGGCGGCUCCUUCGGUGCAGCCAAUCGGAGCGAUGCGAACAGAUCCGUCUCGCCGCAGCACCUCCCCUCUAAGCUGACGUCAGCGUCACCAUGGCAACAGACAUGUCAGCAGCGGGACGAGUUUCCGUCAAGAAAGAAUAAUCUUGCCGCUAAAGACGCGAUUGCCACGUCAGGACCAGUCAGCAGCCCGGAAGAUUUCGACCUGACCGCCCGUGGCGAGGAGAAGAGCGGCAGCAGCAGCUCGACGGGCAACGGCGAAGAUUUUAUUUCGCUCCCCGAAGGAAUGGCGUCGCGGACAAGAGAUGGGGUUCUUGCUGCCAGGGUUUUUCACAUGCAGCUGGGGAAACCGGUGGUUCGGAACUCGCCCCCUUUAAACCCUUCUUUUCCAGGCCCGAAUCAGCGAUCAGUGGCGCAGGCGCUGCGCAUUUUGAGGGACAUGCUGGCGGAAGCGGGGCGCAAGGAGGGGGAGGAUACGCGCAGCGGUCUGAAUUUCCGGAUUACGGGGGGUGAGGGAUUUAGAGGGGAAGGGGGGUAUAAGCGUGGUGUGGGGGAGCGAAAUGGGCAGGAGGAAGCGGAGAGGGGGUUGGGCGGGGAGGGGAUUAGGGGAAGGGAGAGCUCUGCAGGUGUGCAGGGGGCUAGGAGGAGUGUUAUGGAUGAGUUGAUUAACUCGUUUGGGAUUAAUAGUAACGAGGUGAGUUCUAAGGAGGUAGCUAAGGGUGCUGCAAUGCAUGUUGAGCCUACAGAGGGUGCUUAUAGCGAAGGUCAAGUGGCAGGGCUGGCGAGCAAGGGAAUAGACAGAAGCAGAGGAGGAAGACUGAGCGAUGGAGAGGAGCAAGUGGGAGAGAGAGGGAGUGUGGAAGGGAGUGACGGAGCGAGGGUGAGCAGGGAAGUGGGAGAGAGAGGGAGUGCGGAACGGAGUGAGAGAGUGAGUGUGAGCGGGGAAGUGGGAGAGGAGGGGAAAGUGGUAGUUGCUGGGGGAAGGAGGUGGAGGAGGGAAGGAGGAGUGUGGAGUGUGGAGGAGGUUGGAGUGGGGAAGGAGGGGGCAGGGGGAGAAGCAGAGGAAGGGAAGGGUUUAGCAGGGAAGGAGAGUGAGGAGCGGAGAGGAGAUGGUGUUACAGGUGCGGUAGCAGCAGGUACAGUCGCAAAAGGCACGGUGACAGCUUUUUCGAAAUCCCGUUUCAAAUCGGCUGGUUCAAAAGCAGCAGCAGCGGCAGCUGUUAAGUCUAAAACGGGGAUAUCAGGAGCAGAGAAGCGGGAGCACAGGAGAACGAGCAAGGCAGAGAGGAAAGCAGCUAGAGAGGCAGCAGCUAACGCAUCUGCACCCACCCGAGCCGAGAUAAUCGAAGUGGGGAAAGCAGGAAUAGCGGUUAAGGACCUAGCGGGGCUUUUAGCGGUCGGCGAGGGGGAUAUAGUGCGCGCGCUGUUCAUGAAGGGCGUUAUAACGAACGUGAAUCAGGUUCUUAACGAGGAUAUGGUGGCGGUGGUGUGUGAGGAGUAUGGGGUGGAAGUGCUGGGACCGCAGGAGGGCGGCGUGGAGGAAAGUGCGAGGAAGGUUCGUGAGUUUGUGGAAGAGGAGGAUCGGGAGCAUCUGAUGCCGCGGCCGCCUGUUGUGACCGUGAUGGGACACGUGGACCAUGGGAAGACGUCACUGCUGGACUACAUUCGGCACACCAAGACCAAGGUGAGGUCAACUGUUCGAUUUCCACGUCAAGUUCUUGCUAUAACAUCAGGCCUUCAGCGCAAUGAGAGCAAGGGGAGCAAGGGUGACAGACAUAGCAGUGGUGGUGGUGGCAACAGACGAUGGGGUCAUGCCCCUCCCUCUCUUCCCUGCCCCCUCUCCCCCAACUGUCCUUAUCCCUUUAGUGCAAUGAGGGCCCGAGGUGCAAGGGUGACAGACAUAGCAGUGGUGGUGGUGGCAGCAGAUGAUAGGGUCAUGCCUCAGACCACCGAGGCCAUCGCCCAUGCUUGCAACCUAAUCUCUCGCCCCUUCCCACUCACACCCUCUUUUCACCCACAGGCCUUUAGCGCAAUGCGUGCCCGGGGUGCACGCGUAACAGACAUAGCAGUGGUGGUGGUGGCAGCAGACGAUGGAGUCAUGCCUCAAACCACCGAAGCAAUCGCACACGCGCGUGCUGCUAAUGUGCCCAUGCUCAUAGCCAUCAACAAGAUUGACCGGGAGGGCGCGAGUGUGGAGAGGGUGAAGCAGCAGCUGGGGCAAGCAGGAGUUUUGCCAGAGGAGUGGGGAGGGGACACACCCAUGGUGCCGAUUCAGGAGCUUCGUGCCAACCCAAGUAGGCUGGCAGUGGGGACGGUGAUAGAAGCACGGCUGGACCGGCACAGAGGGCCCGUGGCAACGCUGCUGGUGCAGAUGAUGGUAAUGAUUCAGGAGCUUCAGGCCAACCCGAAUAGGCCAGCAGUGGGGACGGUGAUAGAAGCACGGCUGGACCGACACAGAGGGCCCGUGGCAACGCUGCUGGUGCAGAAUGGGACACUGAAGCUGGGAGACAUUGUUGUUUGCGGGGAGGCAUAUGGGAAGGUUCGUGCCCUGUUGAAUGACAGUGGGAUGAAGACCAAGGCAGCAGGGCCGUCAGCAGCAGUGCAGGUGGAGGGGCUGUCGUGCAUGCCAGUGGCAGGGGACGAGUUCCAUGUGCUGCCGUGCAUUCAUGCAGCCAGGGAGAUGGCGGAGGAAGCUGCUGAGAAGGCGCGGGCCGAUCGCCUAGCAGCAAUGCAGGGAGAGGCGAAAGUGACCCUCUCUGCCUUCGCCACUGCUGUUGGUGCUGGUGGUGCUGCUGCUGCUGCUGCUGGUGCUGGUGCUGGUGCUGCUGCUUGUGCUGGGACUUCUGGUGCUGCUGGUGCAGGGAGGGGAGCAGGAGAGGAGAGGCAGGAGGGAGAGGAGGUGGAAUUACAUGUGGUGAAUGUGGUGCUGAAGGUGGACUGUCAGGGGUCAGUGGAGGCGAUUAGAGAGGCGCUAAGUGCUCUGCCUCAGGACACUGUGUCUCUGCGCUUCCUGUUGCAGGUGAGGAAAGGCGGGGUGAGGGUGUGGGUGGGGAAGAGAGUAGGAAACAGGGAGGAGGAGGUGGAAUUACAUGUGGUGAAUGUGGUGCUGAAGGUGGACUGUCAGGGGUCUGUGGAGGCGAUUAGAGAGGCUUUAAGUGCUCUGCCUCAGGACACUGUGUCUCUGCGCUUCCUGCUGCAGGCCCCUGGUGACGUGUCAAGCAGUGAUGUUGACCUGGCGGCGUCCAGCUCAGCGGUCGUGCUGGCGUUCAAUGUGGGCGUGUCGCCAGCUGUCGCGGCCGUGGCAGAGAUGAGGGGCGUGCGAGUGAGGUCUUACCGGGUGAUCUACGAUGUGGUGGAGGAGGUUCGAGCCAUUAUGGAGGGGUUACUCCAUACUGUAGAGGAGAGCUCGUUCCUCGGCCGGGCAGAAGUACGGGCAGUUUUCGGCACGGGCAGCACGCGGGUGGCAGGAGUAAUGGUGACGGAGGGGAGGUUGCAGAAGGGAUGCACUAUUGUAGUGACGCGCGGUGGGAGAAGGGGCGGUGGUGGUGACGGGAGGGGUGGGGGUGCUGUUCCAAUGGCUGCUGCUGAACAAGAGAAAGGCAAUAACGUGAAGGGGAAGAGAGAGAAGGCGGGCGAAGCAUUGGGAUUAAAGAAGCAGCAGCAGCAGCAGCAGCAGCAGAAGUUGGAGGGUCGCUGGGUGCAUUCAGGACAGGUGACAUCUCUUCGGCGGGUGAAGGAGCAUGUGGGGGAGGUGGUAUCUGGUUUGGAGUGUGGUGUGGGCGUGGAGGGCUUUAAUGGGUGGCAGCAGGGUGACUUUAUUGAAGCCUAUGAGGUGACGCACAGGGCUCGGACGCUGGAGGAUGCGUCUGAAGAGAUUGCACGAGUGGUGGAAGGCAAAAGAGGGACCUUGGGAAGGGAUUCAUUCUAG